AUGGAAGCAGAGGCAUUAGGGAGCAAUUUCAGCAAGAAGGAUGGAAUUUACUAUUCUUCACUUUCUGGUAUAUCAAUGAGGAAUUUCAUAGACACAAAGAACAUAAUUUGUAACAGAACGCACAUUCAACCAUGCGAGCGCUGCUCAGCAAUUGUGAAGAUGGCAACAGCAGUUGAUGAAAGGGGAAUUGUAGCAUUGAAGGAAUUGUAUCAUAUGACCACUGAUGCCGGUUACAAAAGUGAUAAGGCUGUUAGGAAAAUAAUGCAGCUACCUGCUGUUGUGUUUGCUGCUGGUGCAGGAAAAAAACGCCUUUUUGUUGCCGAGUAUGUGACAAAUUUUGACUACAAUAAUAUGAUUCACCACCUCAACCUUGUGCCACCUAAAAUACAGCUUCACUUCUCAAAAGAUGAGAUGAAAGAGAUAUGCUCCCUUGCUUCAAGUGAAAAAGAUAGAAGCCUCAUAAAAUAUGUAGCUAUUAAAUCACAUAACCUUAGUGCAAAACAAAGCAAGAAGAGGCUAGGAGUUCACAACCCAAAGAUGCUCUUACAAAAUGUUGCAGAUGCCAUCGUCCAACAGAAACAGAUCCAUGACUCGAUGUGGGAUCUCGCACUUGCACAAGCUACAGCUGAACUGAAAGCCGCGUCAGGACAAGACACUGACAGUGACAAAGAUGAAGUAGACUCAAGUACAUUCAGCUCUGACAGUGACCUGGAUAUGACCCUCACACAAUCAUCAGAACAACCAAUGAUAGAAACUGAGUCGGAGAGUGAUAAUCCGGAGGAGUACUUGACCAUAAAGGAUACAAGCAGUAAGAAGGCAAAGGAAAUGGUGAAGAAGAUAUCGAAAACGAUUUUGAGGAGGACUGAAAGAAUUGCUGCUAAGAAAUUGUCAAAAGAAUGUCUGUUGAAACGGAAGCUACCGAAGCGUGUGUCGCGAAUAGUAGCAAAGUAUCCUGACAUCGGGAAAGUUAUGGAGAACUAUGUUCACGACAAUAUGGUUGGAGCGGAUGCAUGGAGAAGAACAGGUGUGCUCACGUUUGACGGAAAUUUGAAACGAGGGAAAAGAGUCACAUACCAAAGGAUUUUGGAGCAUCUGCAGGAUCACUACCAGGAUAAGUUCUCGUAUGGGACGAUAGUUCAGUUGUGUGCCUGCCACAAUAGAAAGCGGAUAUCUGCCAAACGAUACAAAGGUGUUGCACAGAUAACAUCCAGGAGAGCCCGUAAGGGCUGGAACAUCAGACUUAAUCCCGACAGUCACUGGAGUAAUACCUUAUACAGGGAUCUCGAUACACUGCAAUUACAAGAUGGCCGAAAUAAAUUGGUACUUAACAGGGAUGAUGCCGCAGGUUUCCGCCUCGACACAACCUAUACACAUAAACAAUACAAAAGCGUUUCAUUGAAAGAGCAGCCAGAGCUCACUACCCACACAGACUAUGUAAACAAAUACAAGUCGGUACUACAGACCUCCAUGCACCUCAUUGUCGAAACAGAAAACACUGCUCAAAAGGUACUUGGUGUUGUGAAGGCCCAUCAGCUGUACCCAAAAGACCCAUCGCAGCACAUGGCUGACUUGUAUAUGAUGGCCAAAAUGGACGAAUUCGCAACUGACAUGCACAAGCCCAUCGACUGCAUACGCGUGGAUGGGGCAUCCGAUGAGGGACCUACACACCUGGAAGUCCAGUUUUUGUGGACAGAAUGGCAUCUUAACAUGGCGAAGUAUUGCACGCUGUUGACAGCGCGAUAUGCAGGUGGUAGCUACCUAAACCCAGUAGAGCUUAUGAAUGGCUGCCUGACAAGAGCUCAUGCAAAUAUGUUCAUCCCAUCCACAAUUCAUGGUUCUAAUUUCAAUGAACAAGGGAUAGAUGAGGCUGCUCUAGAGAAAAACUUGCGGACAGCAACACAGGUUUACAUCAAUCGCUGUAAUGACGCACCAGCUGGUAGGUCCAAUAUCAAGCUUGUGGAGGGAUGUAGAGAUGAACAUGCAGCUGAAAUUCACGCAAGAAAGCCUCAUCUUCUAACUUUCCUGAAAGGAUCAAAGAAGAGCAAGCAAGAGCUUAAGCAAAAACAACCAGAUUUGUAUGCCCACUUUCAGAUGGUUUGGGACUUACGUGAGAGACACAUGCAAAAGGGGCUUCCUCAUUAUGUGUUCCAGCUCCUACCCUGUUAUGACGAUGCGUGUCCCCAUCCAGUUUGUAGGAGAGAAAGAGAAGACAUUUGCUGGUUUAAUGGUGGGCCCCCAUUGUCAUUUGUGCCAGUUCCAGUUGCUGACCCAAGUCAACCAUGGGGUGGACCAUGCAGCAAAUGCAGUGGACACUGCAAUGGACACUACAAGCAAUUUCCAGACAACUUGACAGGCAGCAAGUGUCAACCUCCACGAGAUGUCAUCGGUGAUGCUUUCAAAACAUUAGAACGGCCAAAUGGCGAAUUCAAAGAAGAAAGCAUUACAAAGUUGGCCAGAGAAAAUUUGUUAUCUGUUGAGGAUGUAAAAAUGUGGACUGAGCACCUGGAGUCAGUGAAACAAAGACGGCUUUAUGGUGCGCUCAAAGCACAGAGAACGAGGAGGGAAAAAAAAAUGGCUGCAGCACAAGGUCCACGAACUGAAAAUCUACAUGUAGAUGCCGAGUUAGGAGCUCACCAAACCCAAGGCUUACAAGAUGAAGGCAGUAGUAGUGGCAAUGAGGAAGACGAUCAAGAAAUCGAAGGCUCCGAUGAUAACGGAAGUGAGGGGGAUGAUGAGGCAGAAGAGGAUGACUACUGUAUAUGCCAUCGUGGAGAAUAUGGGCGAAUGAUUGGCUGUGACAAUGUUGCUUGUAUUCAGCAGUGGUUCCAUUACGAAUGUGUUGGCAUUAGACGCAAACCAAGAGGGUCAUGGUACUGCCCCAAUUGUAGGUGAACACAUUCCCCAGCAGGACUAUAUCAAACAUGUCAACUUUGAGAAAUUCUAGGAACCAUAACCAGAAUGUCCUUCUGCCGGUAUACCGAGUGCUAUGCUGAGGCCUGACUAUGCGAAAAUAAUUCUGAUGGAAAGCUUCACUGUGGUAAAUGAAUAUCAAUCUGAAGUAAAUAGAUGACACCCGUUAACCAACAUUAAGUGACUAUUUCUUACCAAUAUGAUUGAAUGACAUUUUUCUCAUAUUAACCAAGUAUUCCUCGACUGCUAAAUUCAGCAGCAUUCUUAUGAACACUGAUGCCAAAGACCAAUGCUGCUUGUUCAAUUGAAAUGGGACAAUAUUCGUGGAUGUACUCUUGCCUAUACAUAGCCAGCUGAAUUUACAUGGGUUUUACCAUCCAAGACUCAUGAAGUGACAUUUUCUGAUGCAGCAAUAUGAUAUGUGUGUGACAUUUUUCUCAGGUUAACCAAGUAUUCCUCGACUGCUAAAUUCAGCAGCAUUCUUAUGAACACUGAUGCCAAAGACCAAUGCUGCUUGUUCAAUUGAAAUGGGACAAUAUUCGUGGAUGUACUCUUGCCUAUACAUAGCCAGCUGAAUUUACAUGGGUUUUACCAUCCAAGACUCAUGAAGUGACAUUUUCUGAUGCAGCAAUAUGAUAUGUGUGUGACAUUUUUCUCAGGUUAACCAAGUAUUCCUCGACUGCUAAAUUCAGCAGCAUUCUUAUGAACACUGAUGCCAAAGACCAAUGCUGCUUGUUGUUCAAAUGAAAUGGGACAAUAUUCGUGGAUGUACUCUUGCCUAUUCAUAGCCAGCUGAAUUUACAUGGGUUUUACCAUCCAAGACUCAUGAAGUGACAUUUUCUGAUGCAGCAAUAUGUGUGUGACAUUUUUCUCAGGUUAACCAAGUAUUCUUCGACUGCUAAAUUCAGCAGCAUUCUUAUGAACACUGAUGCCAAAGACCAAUGCUGCUUGUUGUUCAAAUGAAAUGGGACAAUAUUCGUGGAUGUACUCUUGCCUAUUCAUAGCCAGCUGAAUUUACAUGGGUUUUACCAUCCAAGACUCAUGAAGUGACAUUUUCUGAUGCAGCAAUAUGAUAUGUUUGUGACAUUUUUCUCAGGUUAACCAAGUAUUCCUCGACUGCUAAAUUCAGCAGCAUUCUUAUGAACACUGAUGCCAAAGACCAAUGCUGCUUGUUGUUCAAAUGAAAUGGGACAAUAUUCGUGGAUGUACUCUUGGCCUAUUCAUAGCCAGCUGAAUUUAUGUGGGUUUAUUUAUUUCAUGACAGGUGUAUAAUAUGUACAUGUAUAUAUCUUAAAGUUUACAUUUUUUAUAAGCGAAACCAAAAUAAUGCCAAAUUUUCAUGAGAUCCGUCCAUGUUUAUCCUGUCUUUUAUAAUAGUUGCAAAAUUUUUUGUAUGUGUUCUAAAAUGAAAUAGGGUUGAGUCAAAAGAACUGUUAAUAGCAUUAGCAUUUUCUUAUUCUUAAAAAGCCAACAAUAAGUCAUUGAACCAUUGAUAUUGAGCUCAUUUUGCAUUUGGCCUAAUUUCUCAACUACAUGUACAUGUAGAAAUUAAAAUUGAAUCGCUCUAAAAACAAUCAAAAAUUAACUUUUACUUUUAAUAUGCCGAAAUGCACUUCUCUUCCAGACAGUUUUUUUAUUCAAUUAAAAUUGAAUCGCUCUAAAAACAAUCAAAAAUUAACUUUUACUUUUAAUAUGCCGAAAUGCACUUCUCUUCCAGACAGUUUUUUAUUUUUCAAGUCGAAAAUAUAUCAAUGGAUGCAAUUACCUAUUGAUAUAUCCAUUGGUACAAAAUAAAUGUUUGGGUCUAUAAAUUAAGAAUCUCUUAAUUUUGCUUUUUAAAAAUGUGGUUCCACUAGUAGACACUCAUGUUAGAUGAUCUAAACUUAGUUACAUGUAGUUUGACAUCAACUGAAAACGAUCUUUCAUAGUCAAGGAAAUGUGGAAAAUUGAUGGCCAGUUCAUGGAUAUAAAGAUAUGAAACGUAACAUUUCAUGAACUUUGGGGAAGGUCCCCCCCUUUUCCGUUAAUCCUGACCGCCUGCCUAAUAUUAGCAAAAAAAUUGUUUUCUUCAAAACAAAGCGAACGACUCAAGCCUAAUAAAUUUUAAAUGUAAUGUAGAAAUGUACAUUAACGUUAAAUAUGCAUUGGACCUGUCUGUUUGUUUCAGUAUAGUGUGUUUGUCCUUUGAUUGCUUUUAAGCCAAGAAAAAGAUGUGUUUCUUGUCCCAGCUUGCACUGAUUUUUGAUGCUAUCCUAAUUGGUUAGGUAUUGUUUGAAAAAAUUCUGCAAAAUAUAACCAAAAAAGUUUGUAAAUACAAUUUGCUUAUGGAAUGUAUCCAUUUUGGGGUGAAGGUGCAGUCAUCUUGAAAAAAAAUUCAAAGUCUUUACGAGAAACGUUAUUUUCUUACUUGAGUUUGUCUUUUUAGUUCAUAUACAGUGAAGGUAUUUGAAAGAGGUUGGAUUCAUAUAAGUUACAUGUACAGUAAUUUUCUUUUAACAGAUGUAUUCUCUUGUGGUUGAUCUACAUGUACUCGAAAAUAAGAAUGUCAAAAUUAUGUGUACCAUGAUUGUACAUGUACUUUUUAUUUCUUUCCAAAAGUGUUCAUGACAAUUGUACAUGAAAGCCAAAAAAGUGUGCAGUUUGAUACUUUAAAAUUCUGGAAUUAAAUCAAAAGUAUUUCAAUAACAAUCAUAUACUUGCUGUUAAACUCAAACAAUUUGAGUAUAUUAUCGUUUUCAUUCAUGUACAGUGAAGGUAUUUAAAGGAUGGUAGGAUUCAUAUACAAGUAACGUUAUUUUUAUUUUAACUGAUGUAUUCUCUUGUGGAUGAUCUCUACUCAAAAUAAGAAUGUCAAAAUUGUGUGUACAAUGAUUAAACUUUUUAUUUCUUUCCAAAAGUGUUCAUGACAAUUGUACAUGAAAGUCUGAUAAGUGUACAAUUCGAUACUUUCAACUUCUGGAAUUAAAUCAAAAGUACUAUAGACAGUUAAGUAUUUUAACAACAAUUUUUCACUGGGUGUUUAUUCAAAGUAAACAAUAAGAGUACAUGUAUAAUGACUGCCCCAUCAUGCAUUCAGAGGAAUCUUCAUGUUUGUAAUAGUUCACCAAGUAGACAAGGAUGAAUAUUUUAUUCAUCUCUCCUGGAGUUGACCUGCACACAUGAGUCUUGGUAGAACCUCAUGUGCACUGGCCAUCUCCAGGUAAAGAUGAAAUAAUCAUCAUUAUAUUUGUUGUGAAAUACAAAAGACAUGCAUGUAGUGUCAUAACACAGUUAAUUCCAUAAACAUAAAAGUAAUGUUCAGUUUGUACAGAGAGUACAAGGAAAAUACAAAUAUAAAAUAUUUAAGACAAUAAAAGUACAUGAGCAAAUGAUAAGAGUUACCAAUUAAAUAUUACCCAGUGAAGGAUUGAAAAUGAAACCAAGGUAACCAUUGAAAGCUGAGAUUUCAGGCAUAUUUCCAAUGGAUUCAUAGUUUUAUACCUUUUAAUUUGUAAUUUAACUUGAAAGACAAAAUGAUGUGUAUAAAAGUUUAAAGAAUAUAUUCACAUGUAUAUCCUGAGGACCUGAGUGCAAAACGUUUCUAAGUUAUGCAAGAUUUUGCCUAGACCUCCCCAAAAAUGUGUAAAAUGCAGAAAUGUAAUUCUUUAAUGGGGCGUUGCGAGAAACUUGCAAUCGAUUGCAAGUCAAUUUUAGUUACUAUAAUCAAUCACAAAUCUUUUGAGCAAUUGUAAAUUUGCAACAGAUUGCUGGUCUGAUUCUUGCAUCAACAAGAAUAAUUUGAUUUGCUUUAGUUAAAAUUGAUCUAACUCUUCUAAAUUUGCAUCUGAAAUUUGCAAUUGAUAUGAAAUAUUUUCUUGCAACACCCCAUUAAGUCUCUGGUUACAGUGAUACAUAUUUUAUCCUAGGCAUUUUCAUAAAACAAAUAUUAUACAUAGCAUGUGCUUCCUCUUCUACAUGUAUUUGAUGAACUCGAAGUACUUUUCUACAUCCUAAUGUUCAAAAACAUGAUUUGCUUUUAAAGUCCUCCACUACAUGUACAUGUACAUGUAUGAAUUAAUGUUCUUCCAUAAUAUGGUGGAAUAGCAACUAAAAUAAAAAUGUCUAUUCGUCAAUUGUAAAUAUCCUGGCACUUUCUCUAUUUGGAGACGGUAAUGCUAGAGCUGUCUACACUAAGGGGUCUUGCACAGCUACUUCUCUCUCCCAUGGACUUGAAUAUACAUGUACAUGUACCUACAAAUUGGAAAAUGAAAGCAAGAUAUCAUUUCAGCAUAUAGGAUUUAUUUCAUAGCAAUACAAGUAUGUGUAUAACAUUCACCAAAAAUCAUUUGUAAUGAUGUGAAAAAGAAAAGAACUGUCUUUAUAUAAACCAGUGGAAGGACUAUAAAAGUAACAAUAUUUCUCAAAAUCAAAGCUGGCAAGUAAUU